AUGCGCCACAUCCAGGUGGAGAUCCUCGCGCGGGGCGAAGAGAACGGAGUCUUGGCCGCUAGGGGGACCAUCCGCGUCCAGUACAAUGAGAACAAGCGGAUCUUCGACAACUGCGCCUCGGUGAACUUCCGUCAGCUCAUCCACGAGGAUCAGGUGAAGAAGACCAGGCUCUUUGAAGUGAGCAAGACUGGACAGUGGAACCUUCUAGGAAUUCCAAUCAACUUUGAGUCCACAGUCUUGGCCAUGGAGGAUUGGAAGAAAUAUGAGAUCAGCUUCAAGCUGAAGAAGCAGGGGGCCAUGAAGCACAUGUCAGGCCGUGCAAGAUGCGUCAGUUUGGGCCAUUUCACCACAAAAGGCACUCGCUGUGUGUUUUCUGGCGGGAGUUGCAACGAAGUCAUCACAAGCUGGGGUGUUCUGCAGAGUCUUCUGCUUGUGCUGUUUGUAUCCAAAUCCGUCGAGGAGGGGGGUGGCCCUGUUGAGCACGGUAGAACAUGA